AUGCCCAUCUUCAACUUGCUGCGCACAAGAAUGAGUGCUUGCGCAAGUCGUUGUUUUCAAAGAAGGCUAAAGAGAAGCGGAAGUACACAAAUGGGAUGGCUCGGCUGCUCACCAACAACGAAACUGUCACAGUGCUUGCAGCUAAUGAGCAUAAGAAGCAAUGGACACCAGUUCAUGCGGCUUUACAGCCGCUCCUGGUUGACAUCGCCCGUUGGCUUCAGCGCUCUGGUUACGAACCAAAAAAGACUUGCCGGAGGAAGCAGCAGACUGAGAACAAUGGCGCUCAACCCAAUCCGCAUGGCCAGACUCAAGGGCGUGGCCAAGGAAGAGCACGUGGCAGUCAUGCUGCAACACCGGGUCGGGCUUGAGGCAGCGGCAGGCGCGGUCGUCCAGGUACAGGCCAUGGUGGUCAUGGACAAGGUGCUGCAAGAGGUGAAGAGACAGAGAAAAGUUCCAGCUCUGACAAGGUUCGUACCGAGUCAGAACCCUCUCCUUCACGUUCCCCAAGCCCAUCCACAACUCAGAUUGAGGCCUUCUCCAGUUCAGGCAGCUACAAGGAUGUCUCCCGGUCAGGAUCACCCAUUGAUGAGAUCCAGAUUGUUCGAGUCAAUGGCCACUGGUGAAGAACAGGUAAUGUAG